AUAUUUUUUAGUAUUCUUCUAGUAAUUUAUAACAUACUAGCUACAAUUUUAUGUUGGUGCUUGGUUGUGUCUGAAAGAGAUCGAAUACAUACUUGGUUUUGUAUCUCAUGAAAAAGUAAAAUAGAUCAGGAAAAAAUAGCCUAUAUCCAACUGUUAGUACGUUUUGGUAGCCUACCCAUCGGAUAAAUGUCUCAUCAAACGGGCAUCAGAGCAAAUGAAGCACUACUUCGCUUCUUUGGCAACUGCCGUGAUGGAAAAAUCAGAGCAUUUAAGGUUUCAAUUGAUAAUGAGGAGCUGGUUCUGUCGGACCACAGAAACGCAGAGGGAAGCUGGGAGACUGAUUAUGACUUGAGUGUUCCUCAUUUGGUCCAAGAGGAGCAGCCGUGCUAUGUACUCUACAGGCUAGACAGCAAGAACGAAACGGGAGGGUUUGAUUGGUUGUUGAUCAGCUGGUCACCGGACGACUCGCCUGUGAGACAAAAGAUGUUGUAUGCUUCGACCAAAGCCACGCUGAAGCAGGAGUUCGGCAGCGGACAAAUCAAGGAAGAAGUCCAUGCGACUGUUCAUACUGAUGUUACGCUCUCUGGACUGAAGAAAACGAGGCAGGCUGCUAAGUCACCGGCUCCCCUGACGUCGAGAGAAGAAGAGUUGGCAAGCCUGAGCCAGGACUUGACCGACGUCAGCAUCGACUCUCGUACGCAGACCCUAGGAGGAGUAGCCUUCCCUCUUCACCCGGCCGCAGUUAGUGCAAUACGCGAUCUAGCCAGUCGGAAAUGUGAUUACGUUCAGCUCAAGAUAGACAUAGAAAAUGAGAAGAUAUUGUUGGUCAAGAGUGAUACGGUGAGUGUAGCCAAAUUGCCAAGUCUGGUGCCUACGGACACGGCGAGAUACCACCUAUACUGCUUCAAACACACGCAUGACUGUGAAUACUUGGAAUCUAAUGUGUUCAUCUAUUCAAUGCCAGGUUAUUCGUGCAGUAUCAAGGAGAGAAUGCUCUACUCUAGCUGCAAAGCUCCCCUGCUAGACUACAUUGAAAACAGCAUUGGUCUGAGGGUUGAAAAAAAGCUUGAAAUUGAUUCGGGAGCGGAAUUGACUGAAGAUUACCUCCAGGACGAGCUUCAUCCAAAGGUUAACCUUCACCGACCCAAAUUUGAGAAACCUAAGGGACCGCCUGGGCGCGGAGCCCGCAGACUUACCAAGACGCAACAGUAGCUUCCCAGUAUUUAUUUCUUAUGUUAUACAAUUCAUAUUUAUUAUUUUAAAAUAUUGUUUUAUAUUCAAUACAUUUUAUUUUGAUUCUU